GGAACCAAGACAAAGACAGGUCAAAAGCCAGACUUUCGAACACAUCUCAAAUCAUCAUGAAGACUACCUUCUUGGCUCUUGGGUUAUUGCUGCUGACAGUAUCCCACUCCUAUGCUAUCCGUAAGUUCAUUAAGUUUUCAUAAGGAUUGUGCAGAAGUAUGUAACCAAUGUGUGCUUAUAUGCCCUCUAUAACUUGGCUAGGAGAAUCCUUUUAUGAUUUUGAUUAUAUACCUGUAAGAUCUUGUCAUACUUAUCUUGGGUUGGUUGCCUUAUGGCUUAUGCUAGGAAAUAGUAAUCAAAGGAUGUUCUAAUUGACACAUCUUAUUCCCCCACAGCUUUUGGACUGGAGUCAUCACCUGACAGCUGCUGUUUCAGCUUCUCCGAAAGUAGAGUGCCCUACAAGAAGAUCGACUCCAUCCAGAAGACUCACAGUGGAUGCCCCCUACCAGCAUUUGUGUAAGUGUUUGUUCCUCUUACUCUGAUGCCACAGUCCAACAGCACAACUGCUUAGUUUGAGGCCCUAGGAUUGUCUCAGUUAUGGAAGACUAAAGAGCUGGUGACUUUCACUGACUUGCAACAGUCAUAAAAGCAAUAGAACCCGCCUGAUGUUUCUCCUUUGUACCAUUAUCUCUCUACAACAGGGUCAAAACUGUUGAGGGCAGAGUGAUUUGCUUCAAGUCGAGUGUGCCGUGGGUACAGAAAGCCUUCAACCGGGUCAAGCAGUCAGCAGCUGUGGCCAAAGGUAGCGGCAUUGGGGGUAGCAGUCAUCCUUGAUAGCCUCCUCAUCAUGACUCAAGACUCACAAGACUACUCCAUAAUCAACAUACAAGCAAAGGCAAAGAGUUUUAAUGUAGCUCACUGGAUGGCACCAAACUUUUGGUUAUUAUAAAUUAUUUCUUCAUGUUUUACUGUAUAUGUCCACUUUUUUUACUAUGAAAACCUUCUGGACUAUUUCUUAUAACACGUUUUAAGAGUAAGAGACUGACUGACAUGUUUAUCACUUAGAAUACAGCAAUUACUAUUUUGCAAUAUAUGGAAUUGGGAUAGGAGAGUGUUAGGAUGUACAUGCAUGUUUUUGUGUGUGUGAAUACUGUAUGUGAGAAUCCACUGCUUAAAUAAAAUGAGAGAAAACAUUUGACUUAAACAUAACCGUCUCAUCUUUAAUAUUAAUAAUGUACAGUUAGAUAGAGAGAACAGAUGAUAAUAAAAUGAAGAACCGAAUGAAGCUGAAAAGUGUACAUAUAAAAAACAACUCCUAAAGUUAUGACUACCUUUAACAGGGGUUUCUAGGAUAAGGGAUUGGUUAAAGUACUAUUUAGGAAAAGUUUGUUUCAGAACUUAGCUCAACUGAGCCUUUUA